UUCUAUGGCUUAAUGUUCAGCCCUUUUGGCUGCGAGAUCCCGAGCAAUAAAAAUGCUGGGAGUUAAGAGAAGGAAUAGUUUGUUUGGGUUGUGUCUCUAGGGUUUGCACACUUGUGUAUAUCAGUCAGCUAGCAGACGCUGGAUAUAACAGGAUGCUGCAUGUCAUAUGAUUACUGAUCCAUAGACAGCCUCUAUACAACUGGUCAUUCAGGCACAGGCAGCCUCAGUCUCCUGCGACUGUGGAAUCUUCAGCUGCUCCCUUCAGAACAGAUUCCGAAUUCAUCCUUCUCUUUCUGACAAGAAUACCACAGAUUCGGUGAUUGCUAUAUAAUAUCACAUGGUCAACAUACCUGCAGAAGAGGAUGCCUGUCUUUAUGUCAAGGCUCUCUUGAUCACCUGUUAAUGGAUUAGUUCUUUUGCUGCAGCUCAACAGAUUGGAGACGGGAUGCUAACACAAAGCAAUGAACACAAACCCUGUAAUAUAAUCACCUAGUCCAGAGUGUGGGCAGAAGAUGCAUGCUGUUCUCUCACUGUUUGCCGCACUCAUGAUCACUACAAGCGUUGGCACGGUAGGAGCCAAUGCUCUACUUUUAGUAUUAUUUGCAUCUCAUCUGAAGCUACGCACAGACACGUGGGCUCUCACACUAAACCUCAGCAUCUGUGACUUGAUUAUCGGGAUGUGUGUUGUUCCGGUUGCAAUCUACAACUGCCUGUUCCAAGGAGGUAUUUUCUCAGAAGGAGGCACAGCGUGUCAGCUUCUGGGAUUCCUGUUUGUUUUACUCCAGUUGGCUUCCUUGAGCUCCCUGGUGUGGGCUACCAUUGACAAGUUUGCAGAGGUUGGCUUCCCACUGCGAUAUGCCCAGCUUAUUACUAAGAAGCGGAUCACGUUUAUUCUGGCGAUCUUGUGGAUUUAUGCCAUUAUGGUUGCUGCCCUUCCCUUCAUGGGCUUUGGAGCAUAUCGCUACAGCAAAGAUGUCUAUGUGUGCUUGCCAGCAUUCGGAUCUUCAACCACAGCCUACAGUGUAUUGUUCCUGAGCGUGGGAGUUCUUCUCCCAAUAACAGGGAUAAGCAUUCUGUAUCUCUCCAUCAUUCACAUCGCCAGAUAUCAAGCUAAACGGGGAACCUUCGUAUGUAAUGAUCAGCACUGCUAUUAUGUACCAAUUCGCUCUUACUUUAGGAAUACGCUCAUCCUCAUUGUAUCUGCAUUUUAUUUGCUGGUGUGCUGGAUACCAUCAGUCACAAUUGGCUUCUAUGAAACAUUUUACACUGCCAAUGUUCCUGUGAUUGCAAAAAUGAUUUCCAUUUGGCUAGUGGUGUUGACGUCGACAUUGAAUCCCUGGAUCAAUUCACUGGCUCAGAGGAACAACAGGAGAGCUCUACGGGAAAGUUGGCGGAAGCUAAAAAGAAUAUUUGAAAGCCUCGGCUCCAGCUCUGAGCCACAGAAUGACAAUAAUGAGAGGAAUUUGGGUAUCCAGUCUCAGCAGUGUCUGCCCGGGCAUAACACAGAGAGACUGGCACAUACAUGACUGCUAAUGGCAAGGACUCAGGACAAGUAGAAUACUAAAUCUGGAGGUUAGAGAAAUGACAAAGCAUACUGACCCAACACCAGUGAUACGAGAGCAGUUAUAAACUGCUAAAAAAAAAACUUUUUGAACAAGGCCAACUGUUGGUCAUUGAAAGCAUUCCAGAAGAGACGGAAGUUGUGGAAAAAACACGGCUUCCAUUAGAUAUGUCAUACGUCAUACAGCAUACAGAAUGAAAUGCAGGAAAUAAUGUAUACUGUAGCUUGUCACAAAUUUAACGGCAAUUCUCAGUUUUGCAGCUCAACUACGUCUUUAAACUGCUGAUGCAAUUGUACAUUUGAUUGUUUAGAUGUUUUCUCUUGGGCUAAAAAAAGUCUUUUCUUUUUUUUACUUGCAUAUACUAUGUAUAUUAAUAUUUAUUGAGUGACUCAUAGGGCAGCUAGCCCCAUUUGUGUGCUAUAGACUGUACCAUAAUGUGGAAAUGGGCACAAAAGAGCAAAGCAUUAAUAAAGAAAACAACAACAAACUGGCGAGUUGUAAAUUUUAGAGUAUCAUUAUUUCCCUAGCAGCUUUCAUAGGAUAUGCAGUAUUUAUUUUUAUAUACUGCCGAGUGUCUGUGACUAUUUUUGGAAGCAACAUCUGCUCUGAAUUUGAAAAACUGUUAGAACCAAUCUGGGUUUUCUCUGCCUCUAAACAUCUUGACAGCUUCAAGACUCUAAAUCUAAAUGUAUGCUCCAUUAUAACGACUGGGCUUUGCGUUCCUUUAAAAUUAUUACUAUUAUUAACAAAGAUCUCACAUGGGUUCUAAAUAACCACACUUGAGGCAGUCAGGUGCAACACAGAAAAUGUGGAACAUACAGAACAUUUUU